AUGUUUCGGUGGUGGCGAGUAGCAGAUAGGGUGAGGAAUGUGCAUCAGUACCGCAGGUUGGCUACGAGGGAGGUGUUUGAUGUGGUGGUGGUGGUGGGUGGCGGUCAUGCUGGUACUGAGGCCUGUGCCGCAGCGGCCAGGAUGGGGGCCUCAACACUGCUUGUUACACACAAGAAGUCCACUAUAGGAGAAAUGUCAUGCAAUCCUUCUUUUGGAGGCAUUGGUAAAGGACACCUAAUGAGAGAGGUAGAUGCGUUGGAUGGCCUUUGUGGUCGGAUCUGUGAUAUAUCGGGCAUAAACUACAAGGUGAUGAACCGUAGCAAGGGUCCUGCUGUUUGGGGUCCACAAGCACAAAUAGACCGAGUGCUUUACAAGACAAAUCUUCAGAGUGAACUAUUUCAAGCAACUAACCUCACUAUAAUAGAAUCAUUAGUGGAAGAUCUGAUGUUAAAAGAACCUCAUACUGAUGGUCAACUAGUCGAGUGCUGUGGAGUGUUACUAGCUAAUGGCAAAGAGGUCGUGUGUCGCAGUGUUGUCAUCACCACGGGGACCUUCUUGAGAGGAGUUGUCAAUAUUGGGUUAGAUGUGAAACCUGCUGGCAGACUUGGAGAUGCACCAGCCAUUGGGCUUGCCAACACCUUAGAAAGGCUUAAGUUUAGGCUUGGAAGACUUAAAACAGGAACACCACCAAGAAUAGCCAAAAACACUAUUGACUACUCACAGUGUGAACCUCAAGCCCCUGACAACCCACCAGUCCCAUUUUCCUUCUUGAAUCAACAGGUCUGGAUUAAGUCAGAGGAGCAGUUAAUGUGUUACCGCACAUUCACUACCCCAGAGGUGGAGAAGAUUGUUAGGGAUACGUUACAUCUAAAUCGCCAUGUUCAGGAAGAGAUUAAUGGGCCACGUUAUUGUCCAUCCAUCGAAUCAAAAGUUUUAAGAUUUUCAGGUCGUAACCAUCAGGUGUGGCUUGAGCCGGAAGGUCUAGAUUCACGUCUGGUGUAUCCGCAAGGCUUGUCGUGUACAAUGCCCCCGGAGCACCAGCACACUUUGCUUCAUUUGAUACCAGGACUCCAACACUGUGAAAUGGUCACUCCAGGCUAUGGUGUAGAAUAUGAUUACGUUGACCCACGGGAGCUGACUCCCCAACUUGAGACCAAACGUGUUUCUGGACUCUUCUUGGCUGGACAAAUCAAUGGAACAACUGGUUAUGAGGAAGCUGCUGCUCAAGGAAUUGUGGCCGGAAUAAAUGCUGCGGCGAAGGCUUUAAAUAAGGAGUGUCUUACCGUGGACCGAACUGAGGCUUACAUUGGUGUCUUGAUUGACGAUCUCACCACCCAGGGAACAUCGGAGCCGUACCGCAUGUUUACCUCUCGUGCAGAGUUUAGAUUUUAUCUUAGGCCAGACAAUGCUGAUCUUCGACUUACAGAAAAAGGUUUGUGAUACUCUACAGUGCAUGUAGUACACUAAUCAUUGUAAAUCUGAUUCUUAUACGUUUAUAACAUUUGAUUUGCUUUCUAGGUGUGCAAUCAUAACUGUUUAUUAUAAACAUUAAUUACAUUUACAAGUACUUUGUUUAGCAAAAAUAAUACAGUGAAAGAAACUAAAGAUAAUGAAGGUUAGGCACAUUUCUGAGGACAAAUUGUAGC